GUGCAAACGACGGACCUGGAGAAAAAGUCGUUAAAAACAAACCAAAAAAUUUGUCGGAGGUGACAAAAAGAGCGGCUGCCGAAGGAGCAAGUUUAUAUUUUCACAACUUUUAAACAAAAUUUAUUAUUUUGCAAGAUGAUAGCUGGCUAUAGUGCUGUAGUUCAAACAUUUUUAGGAACUUUAUUAACUUGGGGCUUGACAGCCGUUGGAGCUGCCCUGGUUUUUGUUUUUGAUGGAAAGCAGGUACAGUUCGUACAAAUGUUUAAUAAAAAAUUUUUGUUUACUUUUCAACGUGUGUUUAUUUUUGUGGCAUUGUUUUUAUGAUGGUUUUUUUAAUUAAAUUUUUACUUUUUUUAGCGAAAAGUGCUGGAUGGUAGUCUAGGCUUUGCUGCUGGGGUAGGAAAUAUAAUGUAUUAAUUUUGAGAAUUUUAUAAAUUUAUGUGACAGUGUGACUAGUCAUCAUGUACCCCAGGGUGCAUUUUAUUGUAUUAAACUCUACACCGGAGACACACCAACAUUUGCCCUUGUUCACGCCAAUAUUUCAAAAUAUUCUAUUUUGGGGGAUUAAUUAAAAUCCAUGUAAAAAUCGACAAUCCUGUAUGCUUUUUAAAAAAAAAGAUCUUAGGCCAAUAUGCCAUCGACUUUGAUCGAACAUUACACCAAUACACCAACAAAUUUUGCAACGUCAUGCUGGAGUUUUUGGCAUGGAAUGCACCCUGGUCAAGGUAGCAAAUGGCUUUGCAGGGUCCUUACUUAAUGUCACAAAAAUCGGCUGACUUGAGGAUCUUUUCGGAGUCCGGAAUGAAUGAAUCCAGAACUGAAUUCUCAAAUCUUUCCAACCAACAUUUCAUUUGGAAACUGGCACCCCUCUUGCACAAGUGGCAGACAUGGGGGGCAAAAACCUUUGAUUGCUGGCUGGAUAACUGUAACAAAUCUUUGACAUUUAUUUUUUGACCAUGAAAAGAUGGUAGACUAUAGAUUAAACUUUAAGUACAUGAAAUUUAAGGCAAAUAAGUUUUUAAAGAACUAUGAUUUCCAGCAACAGAAGAUGGUUAUAUGGUAACUUAAAUCCUCCCCACCUCCCUAAUAUAUUUUGCGAAGUGCCUGCCAGUGUUAAGGCGUAAAAAAAAACCUUUGGUUCCGGUUCCCGACCGACCCUAUUUUUUUCUGCCGACCCUAUUAUUUUUUCUCCGGGUGGUUGCGGGCUGCUGCCAAAAUGGCGUCUGUUGUCACACUAAUUAUUGAAAAAACCAUGAAAAAAAUAUUUAAAAAAAAAUUAUUUCCGACCUACCCACCCUAAUUUUUUCGCGAUAUGAAACCGGAACCACAGCUAUUUUUUACGCCUAAUUGCACCCUCCCCUCCCUUACCAAGGCUAGGUAAAUUCAUCCCUGGGUUCAUAUUUAGAAGUCUGUAAUAUAGUUUUCUUAAUAAUAAAGGUGAUGACCGCAGCAUCGUAUUGGUCAUUACUGGCACCAGCCAUAGAAACAGCUGAAAAGUCAGGUCUGUAUGGUAAAGAUGGACAAUAUGCAUUCGUUCCUGUGUCAAUUGGGUUUUUAGCGGGAGCUGUGUUUGUCUAUUCGGCUGAUGUUUUAAUGACAUACUUGGUGAGUUGAGUUGAUGAUGAGUUGUAAGUCAUAAAUAAUGAUGAGUCAUUAGUUGUGAUGAUGAUGAGUCAAUAGUCAUAAUGAUGAUCGAGUUAUUAGUUGUGACAACGACUAGUAGGUAGGCAGCCCGACGAUUUAGGUCCGCUAUGCAAAUAUUUCCAUGUUUAUUGACUGUGAAAACAAUCGAUUUCUAAAGAAAUGAAUAAUGAUAAUAAUUUUGAAUUUGCAUAGCGGGACUAAAUUGCUGGGCUGGCUACGCCAUGCACUGACAAUGAGUUUUAAGUCGUAAGGAUGAGUUAUAAGUUGUCAUGAUGUGAGUCAUAACAUUUUUCCCUAGGGUUAUGACUCAGGAAAUGUGAGCGAUUUCUUCUUAUCUGGUCAAAAAGAAAGUAAAACAGAAUAUGACAAUCACAAUAUAACAAAUAAUGGUAGCUCUGUCAAAAGAAGAGACUCGGAUGAUACCUUAAUAAACAUUGUUCAACGAAAGAAAAAAUCGAGUGUAGAGGAUGGCACAUUAAAAAGAACAGAAAAUGAUGAAAAAGACAAUAUUAAAGCAGAUUGGAAGAAAAUUUUUCUUCUCAUUGUUGCCAUAACUGUCCAUAAUAUACCAGGUAUCUAGAGCAUAAAUGAGCUUUCUUGUUUUAUUAAAAUUUCUCUACAGUGUGGCUGUCACAGCCACUCAAUUUAGAUUGAGUGCUGUCGAGAAAAUGCACUUGAAAAAUACAAGGGAAAAUUCUAUGUUUCAAGGUGAAGGCCCUAAAUGUUUGAAACGUCGAAUUUUGCUUUGCAUUUUUCAGGUAGGUAGUUGUUAAUCCCUACCAAUGAAAGCUUGUUAUUAUUGGCACUAACUAUACCGGCACAGACCGUUCACAAUUAUAUCAUUUGAAACUAUUUAGAGGGUCUUGCUGUUGGGGUUGGAUUCGGUGCAAUUGGGAAAAGUCCAUCAGCUACUUUCGAAAAUGCAAGGUAAAAAUCAGUCCAUUUGACAACUACGAUGUGUUAGUAUAUACUAACUGUAGCCAGCUCUACUGUUAAUCAUUUAUGCUUUCAUUCAUAGGAAUUUAGCUAUUGGUAUUGGCAUUCAGAAUUUUCCAGAAGGACUUGCUGUAAGUUUACCAUUGGUGGGUUCUGGAUUAUCACCAUUGAAGAGUUUCUGGUAAGGCUUGUGAUGUCAGUCAUGAAAGUUUUGUGAUGCUCACCACUAGUGUCUCUACUGUGUCUGAACUGCCUAGAAAUGCUACUUAGAAAUGCUACUUAGAAAUGCUCAGGACUGAUGAAGGAUCUUGGGUUCUUGGCUCAAGCCAUGCAAGCUUACUUUAAGUGCUUUCAAAACAAGCCAGCUGCAGCCAAAGCUCCGGCAGGUGUUGUGAGGUUUCUUUAAUUUAAACUAUAUUGUGCAUCCAGUUCCUUUAUUUGUGGUUUGUGGCUAUAUAAGGUACACCUGUUGUCAGGGCCGCCCAGAGGUUGGCGGGGGCCCGGGGCAAAUUUUUUUUUAGGGGCCCCUAUCUAAAAAAAUUUUCAAUAAAAAAAUUUUUUCCGGAUAACAACCUCCCCCCCUGCACCCCCACCCCCGUCGCCAAAAAAUUUUCGGUCAGUGUACCAUUUUAGGGGUAAAAAAUUUUUUCCGGAGUACAAAAUUUUGCCGGACGAGUACGUUGCAAAUGCUUUCAAGGGACUUUAUCUCAUUUUUUUAUGCCAAAAUUCGGUACUUAGCCCAAGAAAACAGAUAUCUUGUCCUUUGCGCGGAAAUAUUUAACACACAAAAAAGGCUGGGACCCUACAAAAAAUUUUCAGGGGCCCCCAGCAACUCGGGGCCCGGGGCAAUUUGCCCCCUUUGCCCCCCCUCUGGGCUAGUUUGUGGCUAUAAAGUACUGGUAUGCCUGUUUCUGGCAUACCUUGUAGUCACGAUUUUGCAGUAUUCUGUAGUUUCACCACCGGUACCACAACUGUAUCUGAAGGUGUCUAGCAGUUUAUGGCAUGGAAUAAAUCCUGAUACUUACACAUAAAUAUGCAGUAUACUGUGCUGUGUUCGGUGCUAAUACUGCCUGCACUGGAUCACCAUUGUUUGAGUGGUUUUCCUUUAUACCAUUCUGUUCAGGUAUGGUCAACUUAGUGGAAUGGUGGAACCAAUUGCUGGUAUCUUUGGAGCAUUUGCUGUCGUGGUGAGAAUAACAUUUAAAAACACUUUAAUUAGUAUCUUGAACAUUUGCUCUGACUUGUACAGUGUAAUGUAAUGUGACAGUACUGUACCUAAAUGUGCUUCCACAAUAUAUUUUACAGGACACGUAAAGCUUAAUUUACACUAUCCAAGUUUCUGUUAUCACAGUAGGAAUUUUACAUGGGUAAAUUCUAAGUUGUGAAAAAUUUGUAAGGGGACUGACUCAGUGUGUAACAUUAAACCAGUUUGCUCUUGAUAAACGUUUCUUACAAAUCCUUCAAAAGCUGCUGUGAUCACAGAAACUUUGAUAGUAUAAACCAGGCUUAAGAAUAUUUCUUAUUUUUAAGCUUGCUGAACCAAUGUUACCGUAUGCAUUAGCAUUUGCAGCGGGAGCCAUGAUUUAUGUCGUAGUGGAUGAUAUAGUACCGGAGGCCCAAACAAGGUAGAUAUAACUCUUGUAUAUUUCCCCAGACGAGAAAUAGAGAGGUUUAGAUUUGACAAUUGGAUAGUCUAAAUGCAUCUGAUUGGUUAAUUGUUCCUCAAUGGUAGCGAUAGUGGGAUAAAAUCUGAACCACUCUGACUCUAUAAGAUAUAAGCCUGGUCGAGUCGAAGAUUUUCUAACGAUUAUUGUAUAUAAAUUUCCACUCGUAUUCAAUCGAGUGAGUUGCCAACAAAAUCUUGAUAUUUACCCAUAACCUAUAAUACAUGACAGUACCCUAGCAUAUAUACAUGAACUUGUGGAUAGAGCUCGACAACUGGCCUCUGUAGCUCAGUUGGUUCGAGCACUGCACCGGAAUCGCAGGUUCGAUUCCUGCCGGAGACCUGAAGUUGCAUAUGGUAUGGUAUGGUAUGGUAUGGUAUGGUAUGGUAUGGUAUGGUAUGGUAUGGUAUGAUAUGGUAUGAUAUGAUAUGGUAUGGUAUGGUAAAUACGCUAGCCUCGAUCAACGUGAGCUGCUUUUCAUAAGGGGCGUCACACAAUAACUACUUACAAAUUAAAGAAUAUACACAUUAAACUAUAUACAAGUUAAACUAUUUAGAAAAACAAAGAAUAAUAGAAAAGGAAUUAUAUAAAAACUUAACAAUUUGGUGCGAUCCAAAGGAGGUGUUCAUGCCUGACGUAUUUUUCUUUUAAAAGAAGAAAGGAUUUCAGAAUUUUUUGAAUCCUGGUUAGGUCUAAUGAAUGUAUAUAUAAAUUUCCACUCAUAAUUUCCAUCAACAAGAUCUUUCAACUAUUAAUCCCAACCCACCCUGAUAACAUUUCCCUGAUAACAUUUCCCUGAUAACAUUUCCCUGUGGGAGGAAACCGGAGUACCCGGAGAAAACCCACAAGUUUGAGUAAAUCCUUGUCUGGCUGCAAAGCUAGAAUCAAACCCACCAUCUCACUAUCUCAGAGGUAAAAGGCGCUUGCUCAUUCUUUUUAGUGGAAAUGGUCGUUUGGCGUCCUGGUGCACUAUUCUUGGAUUUAUAGUGAUGAUGUCGUUGGAUGUCGGUCUUGGAUAACAAUAAUGAUUGCGUUUGCAUAAGGGAACAACUAUAAUGUUAGGAGAAACUAAUUUACAGGCAACAGCUAGCCUGAAAUGAUAAAAUUAUUCUGAUUUUAGUAGAAUUUAUAUGAAUUAUUGUACGUAGAUAUUUAUUUUAUGGUCUCGUUUAUUAAAUAAUAGUUUUACGGGG